AUGUCGAUUCUCCAAAAAAUUGCCGAUAUUGAAAAUGAGGUAAAUUCGCAGACUUUUGUCGAAAAAUACUAAAACUUGUUUUCAGAUGGCCAAGACUCAAAAAAACAAGGCCACCAAUGCUCAUUUGGGAAUCCUUAAGGUUAGUUGCUUAUAGAAAUCGAAUCAAAUAAAUUCAUGAAUAUGAUUUAGGCUAAAUUAGCCAAACUUCGUCGAGAAUUGAUUACUCCAAAAGGAGGUGGCGGUGGUCCGGCUGGAGAAGGUUUCGAUGUUGCAAAGACUGGAGAUGCUCGAAUCGGGUUUGUAGGUUGGUAUUUUGGGAGAUUUUUGAAUUAG